AUGACGGGAAAUGAGAGCAUUCAAUGUUCACCAACGAAUCUUUUGUCCUCGACAAAUCGACAAAGCCACCUUGUAACAGUUGAGUCUCCGACGUUUGUUCCACAUUCUACCAACAACUGCCAAGGUCAAUGCCCCCAACAUAACGUCGCUUUCUGCACUCUUCAUGCUACAGUAAAAGUAACUUCUUCCAUCAGCUUAUACGAGAAAUGCAUUCGGUCAGCCCGCACGAACAACAGCAAAAAGCCUGGCACCAUUAUUACGAGGUCAGCUCUGUUACUGACGAGCGGGACAAAUGGGGAGAUGCCAGCAGCGCAAACAACAAUAGACUCUUCUUCUGCGUGGCCCAUUGAUGCCCCAGAAACGAUCCAGCAAACUACAGCCUGUGGUAGAAAUCAUUCGCUCACAUCCAAGUAUACACUAACAUCUCCCGAUGUGUCGUAG